GGCCGAACCCCAUUUUCUUAUUGCGAUGCUCCAAAAUAUCUUGUAUCUCAGCGCCGCACUGGCUAUGGUUCAAGCCCAAGACUUGGGUGUUCCGCUGUCAUGGAAAAACUUUAGCAACUCGCGACCGUACGAGGAGCGCGUAUCCAUUGGGCAGGCUGCGAUCGACACGAUUCUACCACAGCUGAACAGUGCUACAGGGGAAUUCAGCGGUAGUAGCGGUGUGCCUGGCAUCGGAUACUGGCAAUCAGGCAAUGUCUUUUCUGUAAUGGCUAUUCAAGACUGGCUCGCGAAAACGACCACGAACAAAGCUCUCGUUGAGGACAACUUGGAACUGGUUUGGGGUUUAUGGGAUAAUUACGAUCAGUAUGGGUACAAUGACGAUGCUAUGUGGUGGGCGCAAGCGGCAAUAUACGCAUACAGAUCUUACGGCAAUGACACACUGCUUCAACAUGCAAUUGACACCUGGACUCACGUCUCAAACUACGUUCUGACCGCUGAUCAGGCAAGUGCCGGGACAAGUCCUUACAAGAGUGUUUCGUUAGAAGCGACCUGCGAGGGAAAGUCCAUGGCAGGAGGCGCCUUCUGGCGACCGGUCGAGGACGAUCCAGGCAUGAAUUCUAUCACAACUGGGCUCUACGUAACUCUCUCUGCCUUCCUUGCUGAUAUAACAGGAGACUCUAAGUAUACCAACGCAGCGAUCCAGAGUGCUAAGUGGAUGCAAGCACUCCAGAUCAACGAAAAUGGUAUUCUCUUAGACAGCUUAAACGCACACGACUGUUCACGGAGUGCGGCAAAUUGGCUGUUCACUUACAAUAGUGGUAAAUUUAUCGAAGGACUGAGCGUCCUAGCAAAUAUAACGAACGACGAAACUUGGAGUAACUUAUUGGUAAACACUGUGGCGAGUGCAGUAAAGUCGUCGGCGUGGGAAGGAAGCGACGGCAUUAUUACUGAAGGCGCGAGCCCAUCAUCGAACAACGAUGGGGUUGGGUUCAAAGCGAUUUUCAUACGAGGAUUGCUUGAAGCAUGGAAUCGUAACCCCCUCUACGACGACUUGCGCAUCCUGAUACAUAGCUACGUUGAUGUACAGUACAAUGCCCUUCUCACACAGGUCGCAAAUGGAGGCUCGUAUUCGUCGGACUGGCACGGCGCCGCACAGAACUUUACAACUUGGGGCCAGAUGGCCGCAUUGGAUCCCCUAACUGUUGCGAUUGCGACCAACUAAAGAGUUUGCCGGCAUUCAGAAAAGUUGCAGGGAAACAAGAAAAAAAAAAUUACGAGAUUUUAUUGAGGCUGAUAUGUAUUGUGGACGCUUCUUUAUACCCGGUUCAGUAAAUAUGAUCUGACAGUUGCGGAUUUACGUGCUUAGGAAUUUCCAUGGGAGUGGCGAGUCUGCUUCCUCGACACGAUCACGUGAUUUCACCC